GUGGAAAUACUGAUGAUUACGUACGGAUUAAUGUUUGGUGGGGGGGCGUCGUUGGCUUACACUCCGUCUCUGGUCAUUCUGGGUCAUUACUUUCAACGAUGGAUGGGCCUCGUUAACGGUUUCGUCACUGCCGGCUCCUCGGUCUUCACGAUCGCUCUGCCGUUCAUCCUGCCACAUGUCCUUGACAUUGGUCUUCAGACAACCUUCCAAGUCUUAGCUGGACUGAAUGCCUUCCUUAUGUUAGCUGCCUUGGUGUUUAAACCAUUGAUGCCCAUCCUGCCUCAGGCCAGACCUCAAUACGACAACACAUGUAAGGGACAUUGUUUGAGCUUCUGGUCGCGGAUCAUCAACUUUGACAUCUGGUUAAACAAACGUUACGUUAUCUGGACGCUGUGCAUUCCAUCAGCUCUGUUUGGCUACUUUGUCCCUUAUGUUCAUAUGGUUAAAUAUGCGAAAAAUGUCCUCGGUGAAGAUGCAAACUCACAGCUGUUGGUUCAGUGUAUGGGGAUCACUUCUGGCCUUGGUCGCAUCUUCUUUGGCUUGAUUGCAGAUCGUCCUUGGGUCAACCGUAUUAUCCUGCAGCAGAUCUCCUUCUUCUGUAUUGGUGUUCUGACCAUGCUGUUGACUGCUGCCAAUGCUAUGCCCUUCUUCAUCGUGAUCACUCUAGGCAUGGGACUCUUCGACGGCUGCUUCAUCUCCCUUCUGGGGCCCAUCGCCUUUGAUAUUGUUGGACCUGUAGGAGCUUCUCAGGCCAUAGGUUGUCUCCUCGCCAUGUGCUCCAUCCCCCUCACCAGUGGUCCAGCUAUUGCAGGUGCUCUAUAUGACCAUCUGCAAAGCUACCUCAUACCAUUCCUCUGUGCCGGCAUUCCUCCCAUCGUCGGGGCUUUUGUCUUAUUCUCCAUCAGCUGCAUCAAACAGCCACCCAAGGGAGCCCCUGGAUCACCUGUGCGGGAACCUACGGAGAAGCAGAACAACGCGGCUGCUGUGGAAGAGCCUAAAGAAACUCAUAAACUCAUGUCAGCUGGCAAACAAAAGAAGGCACGAAGGGAUUAUCGUAUCAGCAAUGGGGAUAUAAGUGAGCCACGCCCAUUGUCCACUAGCACCUCGGACGAUGCUGUCAAAGUUGACGUGCGUCGCCUCGCAACGCUCCAGAGAGAGAGUUGUGUAUAGCUGCAGUCCAAUGUCUAGAAUAGACAAAUCAACACAAUGUGGAAUUUCACUCUGGAUAGGCCAUAGACUUUAUACAUAUAAAUGAAUAUUAUAGAAAUCUUCUAGUUAACUUAAUCUAGUAAAUAAAGCACAUGCUUACAACAAAUUAUUUAUUGAUUUAUAAGAUUUUGACUAGUUUUGUUGUAACACUUGCAUACAUACUAGUUAACUGAAUUAUGCUAUAAAAGGAAGGUUGUCAAGUGUGUGUGUGUCAGCAGACUUGAUGUGCCUAAGAAAUUAUGGUGUUGGUGCCAUGAAUGUCAGCGGUCAAGGGGUAUUUUUUUUUCGUUUACUUUACAUAGGAACAAGCCACAAUAAUGUUUUCCUUUGCUGUAAUUAUUAACUUUUUAUAUAUAUAUAUUACUUACAAUUUUUUUAUCUUGAUUUAGAACUGUAAAUAUAUGCAAUGACUGCAUAUUAAAGGCAUCUUGAUCACAGUGGUCGGAAUGAUCCUCAGAUACUGUACAGUACUGGAUUUUGCUUGUAGAUUUCAAAAUUAGAUCACACUUUAGUCAGUUUUCAAGGGUACCUGUGGCGGCUCAAUAUUUAUAAUUGUUUACCCCAUUAGGUUAUGUGAUGUGUGUGUAAAUAUAUAUAUAUGGUGCGCAUAUUUUUACACUGGUGGAUGUAUAUUAAUACUGUACUGGUACGUAAAUAUUAGGAUUUUUAUUUUUGUUGCUGGCUACAUGUCAUUUAUUAAAAUUUAUUAAAAAAUUUCUUCUACAUGUGUAAUUUUGGCAGUAAACAAUGUAAAUUUCUUUCACCAUAAACAUUUACACUUAAAAUCCAGAUAUCUUUGCCAUUCCAUAUUUAUUCAUUAGAUACCAGUGCAACAUGGCUUUAUAAAGUGAAUAUACGGUAUGGAGUAUUAAU